AUGAGCUUCAGAAGAGAAAGAAUCAAGAACUCGCCAAUCCUAAAUAGGAUCCGGACGAGAACGACAAAGGAAGCAGCGUUAUAUUUAUGCAAAGCCGACAUAUUUCUACCGAGAGCAGAGAUUCCAUCAACGCGAAAACACCUGGCGAAAAUUUUGAGUCAUGUAGAUCCUGGUUGGAAGUUCAUCAGAUUUCGUAACGAUGAAAUCUCCCCCCUGGCUGUAAAACAUGAUCGUUUAAACACGAGCGAAAUUGAAAACAGUGAGGAGACUAGUAUCCAGGCCCUUAGUGUGGUCUUGUUCAUAGACGAAGCGCUAUAUGAAGAGGUACUGGGUACCAUUCAGAAUGAGGCAGAUAUCUGGCAAUUACGCCAUAGCAUUAAACUGUUAAACAAUGUUGAUGACUCUACGGUGAUUGGCUGUAUGGAUUUCUAUGAAUUCUCCAAGCAUUUGCCUCUCUGGGCGAUUUCCCCAAUACAUUUUGGUAACAAGAUUCUAAGAUUUAAUAUAUUCGUCAAAGAUUUUGAGAAAAUGAGAGAAUAUUACGAACGGCUCAUAUCACAACAAUGUAAUUUCGUAAGAACAGGAUUUUGCAUUUUCAAUGUUCAUUCGUACCCAGGCCUAGACGUCCAAAUCUCGUUGAAAAAGGAACUAUAUGCGCAUCUUCAUCUAACUAGGUCAGCGGUGCUGCGUUUGAAGUUUCGAAAACUUGAUGUUGCGCGGUGUAAUUUGGUUUCUUCACUUGUGCAAAUUAACUUACGUGUAUGGCGUACAAAGGAUCCAGAGGGGAAUGUGAUAUUGCUUGAAGAGAUUGGAAACGAGUCACCUGAUAAGCUCUCGAAACAUCGCUCGAAAUCCGAAGUUGCGAAUGACGAAUUGGUAUUUGUAUAA